CUCGCCAACGCCACGGCCGUCUGCUCGAUCGAUGGCGCCUCCUUCUUCCACGAUUUCCCACUGCAUUCGUACUCGCGUCUACUUCAUCUUCGAUGGAGGGAGACACGGCCGACUGCGACUCAUACACUUGCCGCAGAGAGCGUCGCAAUCGCCAGCAUUGGCGACGGCGUUCCUCCAGAGCCUCCUGCAGCUGGUCAGCCACAUCGGCUUGUCCUACGCCAACAACAUCGUCAUUAAGCGAACCGGUGACGAGACCUGGUCCUAUGAAAACGUCCGUCAAGUACUCGACCUCCUGGAGGACGCGGAAGUCACGCUGAAUCUCAAGCCCACCUGGUGCGGCACGACGGGCGUCCCCGUGCUAAGCACCCUUUGGUCGGCAGGCGGUAUUCGCCCGGCUGAUGAGCGCAUCGCUGAUAUCCUUGCGCUUCCCACCCCUAGCAUACUGAGCAACCUGCGCUCGGCAGCCGCGAUGGUGCGAUAACUGUCAAUGUUUAGACCUAACCACGGGUUUCUGCUAGCGCCUGUACCGUUACAUCGGACGAAGCCGAGGUCGCGCUGGAAUGCUGAUGUGCAAUCGGCCUGGGAGGCAGUGCGGGCGGUGACAGCCGCGGCCUACUCGCUUCACUUCCAUAUGCCCGGCGAGCAGCUAGUCGG